UCAAUUGGCCAACAGCUGGUUUUGCCAGCACAACCUUUGCUUUGCUUUGAUCUGGUCACUGAAGCAUCAACUCUCUUCCUGUUUUGCAGUGAGGAAGGGAAAGCAGUUCACUCAGUCACUGUUCCAGACACAAUCACAGAGUGGAAUGCAAAUGCAUUCUGUUUGGCGGACAUAGGCUUUGGACUCUCCCGAUUAACCACGAUCAGGGUUUUCCAGCCCUUCUUUCUUGAUCUGACACUGCCAUAUUCUGUAAUCCGUGGAGAGACUUUCCAGAUAAAGGUCACCGUCUUUAACUUCCUCAAGGACUGUAUCCAGGUGAGAACGACCUUGCUGGAGUCUCAGGAGGUGGAGGUGAAACCAUGUCCAGACUGCCAGUUCACCACCUGCCUGUGCGCUGAGGAGGCCAAAGUCUUCUCCUGGAAUGUGACAGCCGUGCAGCUGGGGCACGUGAACAUCUCAGUGAGCAGUGAGGCCGAGGAGACCCAAGAGUUGUGUGGCAACAAGAUCUCUGUCACUCCCACGCGUGGCCGGUCAGACACAGUGAUAAAAUCAUUACUCGUCAAGCCAAAAGGUGUCCUUGAAGAAGAGACCCAGAACACAUUCCUGUGCUCUUCAGGAGAUCCAGCAUCUGAGGAAGUUGGCCUAACAAUGCCAGAAGCGGUUGUGCAGGAUUCUGGGCGGGCCACCAUAUCUGUCAUCGGUGAGGAAAGAUGUCUUCUUUGGCAGAGAGGGAACAGACUCAUGGUGGCAGGCUUAGCGCUUGACCUCCACACGUUUCGCUGAACAUUUGAAAGGAGG